UCUGUAUAAAAAAAAUAACUUGUUUAUGGUACGCCAUGGCGGAACGAGUAGGAGACGGUGAUUCUUCAAAAGAAAAUAUACAAAAAUUCAACAAUGAAAGAAGAAGUAGCAAACAAUGGGUAAAGCUCAACGUUGGUGGAACAUAUUUUUUGACUACUAAGACUACUUUAUCUAGAGAUCCUAAUUCAUUUUUGUAUCGAUUAGUUCAAGAGGACAGCGACUUGAUUUCGGACAGGGACGAGACCGGUGCGUAUUUAAUAGACAGAGAUCCUACAUACUUUUCGCCAGUACUCAAUUAUCUUCGGCACGGUAAGCUGGUUAUCAACAAUGACAUUGCUGAAGAGGGGGUGUUAGAAGAAGCUGAAUUUUAUAAUAUUACUGAACUCAUAAGAUUAGUUAAAGAAAGAAUAUGUAUAAGAGAAACAAGACCAUUGAAAGAUGCCAAAAAGCAUGUGUAUAGAGUGCUACAGUUCCAUGAGGAGGAGCUCACGCAGAUGGUGUCCACAAUGUCGGACGGGUGGAAGUUCGAACAGUUGAUCAACAUUGGUUCGCAGUAUAACUAUGGCAAUGAUGAACAUGCCGAAUUCCUUUGUGUAGUCAGUCGUGAGUGUGGCAUUAACACUAACACCAAUGACAUAGAGCCUACAGACCGUGCCAAGGUGCUUCAGCAAAAGGGCUCGCGUAUGUGAAAGCUAUUUCAUGAUUUUUCGAGACUGUGUGAAUUGUGUACAUAUAAAUAUUGUAGUGUGAACAGUACAUUUCCUUAUUUCAAUUUAUACAGAAAUCUUCUGUGACGAAGAUUGAACCUUAACAUUAUUUUUCUUUUAUUAUGUUAGCAUGUUUAUUGAAUAAUAUUAUGAAAGACAGAUGUAAUAUUGAAUGCAAAUAACAGUGAGUUAGCUAAAGUAUUAAUUAUAUUAAAUAUUGAUAGUCAAUUGAUGGAAAUUGGUAACUUUUUUCCCAAAAGUAAUGAAAUUUAGACAAAUACUCUGUUGGUUAUUGUUUUAAAAUGAUGUAAGAAUGAUAAUGUUAUCUUGCAUAGGUAUAUACUCUAUGUAUAGUGGUUUGCAUCAAAAAUAAUGACAUUUUGUAAUUUUCCUUAAAAGAUCUUUUAUAUCCUUCAUGGUUGAUAGAAGUGCAUGAGGCUUUUACUGUUUUCCUGUUUCUCAGAAAAUUGUAAAUUAAAAUUUGUAAAUAAAGUUAAGUUUUUUAUGUUGAUCAUGAUUGAUUCGUUUUGUAUUCCAAGUAUUGUGCUCAUUUGCGGAAUGUAUCAUUAUAAGAACUCAUGAUUCC